AUGUCGGCCGCUGCUUUUGAACGCCAAUUGCGCCCCAUCUACGAUGCUUUGGACACCGGCUCCAAUAAGACAGCAAUCUUGGCGUGCAACAAAGUUCUCAAGAAGCACCCGACGAGCGGGCAGAUAAAAGCCCUGAAGGCAUUAGCGUUGGUACGCUCUCAGAAGGUAGAGGAAGCUCUGGCCCUCUGUGACGAAGUACUGGCCACCAAACCCAUGGAUGAUGGGACUUUGAGUGCCAUGACCCAUGUCCUGAAGGGUUUGGGAAGAAACUCCGAUACCAUCAAGAUGUUUGAGGAGGCGUACAAAACUCAGCCCGGGAACGAAGAACUAGCUGCCCAGACGUUCUUCGCCAAUGCGCGGACCGGAAAUUGGAAAGCAUGCCAGCAGAUCGCCAUGAAGAUGCACAAGAACUUUCAGGAAGACCGGUAUUUAUACUGGAACGCCAUUUGCGCGGUCUUGCAGGCGAAGGAUUCCGCGACGCCGGAGACUAUGCGAGGGCUACUGUACGAGCUCGCGCGUCGCGUCCUGGCGCCUAAUACAGCCCUUUCAUGUUUGCUGGCAGACCGUUUUUACCUUCAUCUGACAGUGCUUCGGGAGUUGAAGGCGUGGGAUGAAGCGCAAUCAAUGUUAGAUACAGAGCUGGGCAAGAACAUCUGCAACACCAGCUUGCAUUGCGAUGCAUUGCGGCGCGAAAUCGCGCAAGAGCGUGGCUCGUGGAUUGAAGAGGGCGAGCUCGCGAAACAGCGGAUAGCGGACCAGCACGACAGGAACUGGUUGGAAUUCCUGUCCAUACUUGAUGCGACGUUUUCGUAUUUGCGAUCCGCCGCAGAUGCAGACGCGAGGGAGAAAUGUGCAAGACACGUCGCCGAAACGCGAGAAUUCUUGGCCCACAUCGCUGCAGAAGAUGGGCUUAAGGAUCGGUCGGCGAGUCUUGCCCUUGUGGACCUCGCAAACAGGACUUCAUCACACGGAUUGUCUACAGACCCCGAGGAUGUCGUUGCAGCCAUGGAGAAGUAUUUCGACGUCUACGGCGACAAAGCCUGCUGUUUCGAGGAUUUGCGACCAUAUCUUGGGCUAGAAGGUGAUCGUCUGAGUCGCUGGUCGUCUUUCCUGCAGUCCAAGCAACUUUCGUCCGAGACGACCAAAGAUCUUGUUAGAACGAUCAACAUCUUCAAGUUCAUACGGCACAACCUGACGGAGGCGGAGUUGUCGACGGAGCAGGAAAUUGCUCGUGCAGCGCAAUAUAUUCAAUACUAUUCGAUUGGUCUUCGCCUCGGGAAAGAUCUGCCUGAUACCGAGCUGCAACCAGCGGACGAUCUUGCAGUACUCGCGGGUGAUGCAUACAUCGGGCUAUGGGCGACCACUCAGGAUGAUGUUCACCUGCAGAAUGCUGCCUCGUUCUUGGAGUUUGCGUCCUCAAAAAGCAAGCAGUCGUACCUGAUCAGAUUAUUGUUGAUUAGGAUCUACCGCUUGCUCGGUGCUCCCCAGCUUGCUCUGGAGCACUAUCGUGCUCUCAACAUUAAGCAGAUGCAGAACGACACUCUGUCGCAUCUUGUCCUCACCCGAGCAUCCAUCUUCUCGUUGACCUCCAUAGGCGACCUCACACUAUCCUCCGAGUGCCUAGAGGCGAACCAGAUUUAUGUCAGCAAUUCGCAGGAGACUUCCGAGUUCAUCGUGCGGGCAUUCACAGCGGAGAAGUAUAGCAUGGUCCCGGACUUCAUCGAGUUCGAGGAGAGGCUGGAGAACUCACUUCAACGCGACUUGAUGAAGAUCGAGCAUGUCCGCAUGCGCGUUACGCAUGAGCCGAUUACCAAUGAUCUCGUUGAUAUGGAACUAAUCGAGCUUAAGCUCAAUUUCGAUCGCCUAUUCACCACUCCCUUCUCUCACGACAAUCGUGACUUCACCGUUUUCCCAGAGUAUCAUCCGAGAUGCCGGAAAUCUGUCGAAGAACGAACUAUUCUCUUUGGACGACGACCUGGGCCCGGAUGGUUGCGUGUCAUGCUAAAGCUCUACGUCGCAGCAUUUUCGGAUGCGAGCGACUUGGACGAGACAGUAGAAGAGAAACUCCUGGUCGGUGACCGGCCGAAGCCGGGUAACCAUCCUGAAGGCAAACUUUCUUUCGCCGAGCGCCUGCACAAGAAGAACCAGGAAGAAACUGAUGAGCUAACUCCCGAUGAACUUGCGUUUAUGCAAUACUGCAACGCUCUCGGAGACUGGCUCCGCCCAUGGCAUGACCACACCCGCCCUCCGCCGGCGCAAGUCCUCGCCGAAGCUGCGAAGCAGUCCGAAGCGAGGACAGGCAAGCCACUGCAGGGCGUCGAGAUACCCCCAGUACCAAAGAACGGAACGUCCAAUGGGCACUCGAAAGAUCAUGAGCCCCCUUCGAUUGAAGAACCCCCGGAAAUCUUGCUCAAGUACUUCAACGAUAUGCAGCAGAAGUUUACCGAGUUGGUUGAACGCAAGGCGUUGCCUUAUGAGAUCCUCAAUGUUUUCACACUAACGCAAGAGGCUCUUAUAUUCUUCACCGUCGAGACGAACCGCUUCAAAUCUCCGUCAGUCGUUCGGAUGCAUAAACUCGGAAAUCUUGUUGCCAGCUUCAAGGACCUCCGACCUAAGUUUUUGGCUGUUUUCAAGGACAUGUCAGCGCGUCUGCUGAAGCUGAGUGAAGUAGAGGGUACAUCAGACGACCGCAGGAAGUUCGUCGAUGCUUGCAAGCCAGUGAUCGAUGCUGGCAUCGAUCACGACUUCGUCCUGGGGGUGGCGAAGAAGGUGACCGACUCCCGCAAAAAGCUUCUGGAAGGCGUGGCCAAGGGAGCGCAGAAGGUUGCUACCAUGCAUUCAUCAUAGACUGGACACAUACGCAUAUAUUCGCAUUAUGUAUACUAUUCGCAUGCAGUUCUACUAAUGACGAGACCACCACUCCACGCACUCACCACUAUAUGCGCCCAUUGAAGUCAACGUGCGUGAUGGAUUCCAUGGAUGCAGCAUAAAUGUUUUGUGACGGCUUACACGUCCCGGCUACAUGCACCGGAGAAGUACCGUGAAGUCAGGACAAAUGAGCUCAAGACCUUUAAUAUACCGUGUUGAUUCGUAUUUUACUCUGAGAUCUUGAAGUGCGAUUCGUCGAUGGUGGUGAACACCAAGCCGUCGUCCAUGAGCAAAUCCAGCGCGUCGCUGAUCUUGUGAGCGUCGACGCCACUCUCGUUGGCCAAAGCCCGCGUGAUGGCCGCAACGUGUAUGCCAUCGUUGUUGGGUGGUUGACGGCUGAUGAAGUUGAUGAUUUGCCGCUGCAGCGGGGGCAAGUGGCCGAACUGGUCCGUCGCGCCGUGCGAUUGCAUGGUGUACGCCGAGGAGCCGCCCACUCCGUUUGACACGGAAGUGGCUUGGGCUUGACCGUUCGCGUUAGGAGGACCACGUUCGAUACAGAGCGUCACAUACGCCACAUGGUAUAAGUGAUGGCAGAGUUGGGCGCAGACCUCGUCGGCGGGGAUCUUGCGUAUGUGUGUCGUAUUGAUGUAUCUCCGAUUCCCGAACGUCUUCAAGCUACCGGUCACGCAUACGCAGUCCCAGUCCUCGAUCCCUCCCCACUUUCCCGCAUCUUCCUCGCUCGAGUUGUCGGUCCAAAGUCUUGCUUCAAUGCGGCCGUACCCGUCAUCCAGCCAGUAAACGUUGUUGGUCGUUUGAGCGUUGAUCGACGCGACCAUCGCAACGACCAUGAUUUGGCCAAUCUCGGCUUUGUCCACGAACCACUCUGCAUCUGAGUGUGCCUGCGUCGCGUCGUUGAGCUGCUUGACGGUGACUGGCCGCAGGGUGUGCUGAGCUACUCGCUUUCCGCCUGAGCCGCCCGGGCUGCCGUUUUGGCUACCGAAAGGCGAGCCACCGGCGAGGUAACCGCCCCCACCAGAGUUCCCGUAGUAUGGGUUUUCGAAUUGACUCAUGAUGAUCUUU